AGAGUAGAUAACCGUGCUACUAGUGAUAUGUAAUCUGUAAAUCGGAGUUAUAAAUGUUGUGAUAAACUGAUAAAUCAAGAAACGAGAAAAGAUUUAAAUUAUUGUUCAAAUUCUAAAAGGGAGUUUAGACCGCCGUGGUGUGCCCAUACCAGCCAUGUUUACUGUCUGCCGAUCGAGUAAACUGUACAGCACCGCCAUAGGCAGCGGUUUGAAGCAACAGAUUGCCGGUCGGUUCGCCUUCCCAGAACGUUUCCGCGGCACUUUUGUCGAGCGCUGGAAACAGUACUGGGAGAGUGUGGCCAAGGACUAUUACGAAGCGACGAUGAGCAUCGGGACGUACAUUAGAGAAAACCCGGUUAAAAGCUUACUGACAACAGCGAUCGCUGGCUGCGCUUACUAUUGCGCAGCAACCAAUCCUGACGAACGCAGUUAUAGGUCUGAGCUUCUCGAUUGCGCCAACUCCAUGCUAUACAUCCCACCAGCCGUACAAAACCCAUCGGCCGUCCGACGAUUGGAGUAUUUGGAGCAAUGCUACAACAUGGGCGUCAUCAAGCGUCUUAACUUACUGUUUUUCUCGAUCAUGUGGAUUGAUGAGUUUAAUGAAAACGUACAAGCAUACAAAGCCAAUUGCAAAUAUUUAAAACCCUCAGUACUUUCAGUCCAUGAGCGUGCUGUUGACUUUGGUUUCAUCAAUGUUUGGUGGAAUCUUAGAAAAACAAUGGUCGAUUACGAUAUCAAUCCGGAAGAAUGGAAAGAUUACAAAGGACCUGAGUAAUGACAAUCUAGAUGUGUACAAUUUUUUAUUUAGUUACUUUAUUAAUUUAAAUAAAAUAAUUUUUAUUAAGGUC